CUCCCCACACAGAAGCAGGAGGUCUGCUGCAAAUAGCAAUAGUGUUUAGUUCGCUAACAAUGGUCGGUAAGAUAUUUAAUAAUUUUUAGACAGUACAUCUUCAUCAUUCUGUAAGAAGAUACCUCGAUACUUGUUUUCAUCCAGUGUCAAGAUGUUCGAGAAAGCAUUUCGUGUGAAGUCCAAUACAGUAAUUAAAGGAUCUGACAGGAGAAAGCUAAGAGCUGAUAUCUCUACGGCGUUUCCAUCCCUCUCGGUGGAUGAGCUGUCGGAACUCGUUCCCAACAAAGAUGAGUUGAAUGUGGUGAAAGUUUAUGCUCAUAAAGGAGAUGGCAUUACAUUUUAUGUACUCCACAAGAAUCCUAUCUUCUUCCAACUCGAGAAACAAAUUUACCCCACAGUGUACACCCUCUGGAGGUAUCCUGAUAUGCUCCCAGCGCUCAGGACCUGGCCAGCAGUUAUACAGAAAUUAGUUGGCGGUGCAGAUCUCAUGCUGCCUGGGGUUGUUACGCCUCCGUCCGGUCUCCCUGAAGUUGCUCGUGGAGAUGUCUGUGCCAUUACUGUGGUUGGAAAUAGAGCGCCUGUUGCUGUGGGAACUGUUACCAUGUCCAACUCUGAGAUGGCAAGCAGUGGCAUGAAGGGCAAGGGAGUGAAUGUCCUCCACACCUACAUGGACCAGCUAUGGGCAUUUGGAGAUAAGAGUGCUCCUCCUACCAUCGCUAAAGACUAUGACAAGGAUGUGGUGGAAAUGUUCGAGGAGAGUGGAGGUGAGGAGGAGGGGGAAGAGAGAGCGCAGGAGAACGGUGAAGGAGAACCUCACCCCACCCCUGAGGGCGGUCGACCGACAGACGUCAACUCCGCCUGUCCAGACAUCCAGCAACUAAGCCUAGCCAAGGGAGAGGAGGGGCAGGCCGAGGAGGAAGACGUAGAAGAAGAGCUGGAGGACCAGGACUCCAGAUCUCCUCAAGAGCAGAUGGAUGAGUUACUCCUCCAGUGUUUCUUCCAUGCACUCAAAACCAAGGUGAAGAAGUCAGAGCUCCCCCUAUUGACCAGCACCUUCCUGCGGAACCACAUGGUGUCCUGCUGCCCUAGUGGGAAGCAGCUUGACAUUAAGAAAUCCAGCUACAAAAAGCUGUCCAAGUUCCUGCAGUGCAUGCAGACAGAGCACCAGCUGGUGCAGGUCAAGGAGCUGAGUAAAGGCGUGGAGAGCAUUGUGGGGGUGGACUGGAAACACCGCGAACUGCGCUCGUUUGUUACCCCUGAUGAUUGUGGGCUAGUGGAUGCCCCAGCGGAGGCGGGGCAGGGGAGUGAGGUGCUAUACCAGCCCCCUGAGAUCUCCGUAAUGUAUAUGGUUACGGCACGGUUAGAGCCUCUCUUCCAAGAUGCACACAAAAGGAAAGGAGCAGCGUUGCAGCCUGCAGACGUCAGAACUAUCAUCACUGACUACGUCAAGAGGAAUGAGCUGGUUGAUGAGAUCAACAAAAACUUUGUCACUAUUAACCCAACUCUGUGUGACUGUUUGCUGGAGAAAUCGGAAUACAAUGAAAUUGAAAAGCUCAAAUGGGAUGAUCUUUUCACAAGAACGCUGGGCAAGAUGCAGCAGUGCCACCAGCUGCAGUUCCCUGGACAGCCAGCAGUAGUGAAGAAGGGCGCUGUGGAGCCCAUCGAUAUCUCAGUGGCCUCCAGGGGCUCCAACAAAAAGGUCACCAUUGUAAAGAACCUGGAGGUGUAUGGACUGGACCCGGCGCUGGUGUUGGUGGCCCUUCAGCACCGGGUUCAGGCCAGCGCGGUGCUGCACAGUGCGCCAGGCGCCAAAGACCGUGUUCUGGUCCAGGUCCAGGGGAACCAGAUCACGCAAGUGGGCAAGCUGCUGCUAGAUGAAUACCACAUCCCUCGUAAAUAUAUCCAAGGACUAGAUAAAGCCCCCAAGACUGGCAAGAAGAAGUAGAAGUGUCCACCAGCACUAUACCCACUCCCUCCCUCGCUGCUGCAUAGUCACCUCUACCACUCAUCUGGUUCACUACUGUCGACUCUAAGAGCCGCCCCACUCCGCAUUGGACCCUCACACUCACUCUACUUGUGUGUGUGUGUGUGUGUGUGUGGUGACAAAAUCAGUCGCAUAUGACGCAUCACAUUCAAUAAAGCACCUGUCGCUCCGGGAA